GCGCAGGUUGCGCGCAGCGCGGGGCCGGGAGCGCGGCAUGGACGAGCCCGGCCUGCUGCGGCGGCGCGGGCUGCAGAAGGAGCUGAGCCUGCCCCGCAGAGGAAACAUUUUGUCUCCAAGUAGCCAGAGCCCGACCCUGCUCAGCCCCUGCAGUCCCUGCAGCCCCUGCAGCCCGUUACUAACCCUGCAUCCCUGGAGCUGCCGGAGCAGUAACAGGAAAAGCCUGGUGGUGGGAACGCCGUCUCCAACCCUCUCACGGCCUCUCUCCCCGCUCUCUGUGCCGACAGCUGGGAGCAGCCCCUUGGAUAGCCCACGAAACUUCUCCACUAGCACGUCUGUCAACUUUCCCUUUGCUCGCAGUCAUGCUCCUCGGACUGACAGGGCUGAUGGCAGAAGGUGGUCACUGGCUUCACUACCCUCGUCUGGCUAUGGGACUAACACCCCCAGUUCCACUGUCUCGUCGUCUUCAUCCUCUCAGGAGCGUCUGCACCAGUUACCAUACCAGCCCACCCUUGAUGAGCUGCAUUUCCUCUCUAAACAUUUCCGCAGCACAGAGAGCGUCACGGACGAGGAGGGGCGCCGUUCACCCUGCCUGCGGCCACGAUCCAGGAGCCUAAGCCCUGGACGAACAAGUGGAGCUUUUGAUAAUGAGAUUGUUAUGAUGAAUCACGUCUACAAGGAACGAUUCCCGAAGGCCACAGCGCAGAUGGAGGAGCGCCUGCAGGGGACCAUCACCAGCUGCUCGUCGAGCAGUAUGCUGCCCCUUGCUGAUGGCGUGCUGGGGUUCAUCCACCAUCAGAUCAUUGAGCUGGCCCGAGACUGUCUGGCCAAGUCCCAACAAGCUCUCAUCACUUCACGCUACUUCAUGGAGCUGCAGGAGAAACUGGAGAAAAUGCUCCACGAUCAUUCGUCUCAUUCUCUGCAGGCCCAGGAGCGUUCAGAGAGUGAGGAAGUGAGGUUCAUUGACCAGCUGGUCAGGAAGCUGCUGCUAAUAAUAUCCCGCCCUGCCCGCCUUCUGGAGUGCUUGGAGUUUGAUCCUGAGGAAUUCUAUCAUCUUCUGGAAGCCGUGGAAGGACAUGCUAAAGUAGGCCAAGGAAUAAAAACUGAUAUCCCGCGGUACAUCAUCAGCCAGCUGGGGCUUGCCAAGGACCCUCUGGAGGAAAUGGUUCAGCUGGAUCAUUUUGAUAGUGGGAACACCAUGACCCCAGAGAAUGACGUCUCCCAUGAGAGCCGGGCCUCAGCUGCCACUUCUCGGAGGAAACCCUGUGAGAGUGACUUUGAGACCAUCAAGCUGAUCAGCAAUGGGGCCUAUGGGGCCGUGUAUCUGGUGAGGCACAGGGAGACCAGGCAGCGUUUUGCUAUAAAAAAAAUUAACAAGCAAAACCUCAUUCUGCGGAACCAGAUCCAGCAGGUGUUUGUGGAGAGGGACAUCCUCACGUUUGCCGAGAACCCCUUUGUGGUCAGCAUGUUUUGCUCCUUUGAAACCAAAAGGCACCUGUGCAUGGUGAUGGAAUACGUGGAAGGUGGGGACUGUGCCACGCUACUGAAGAACAUGGGUCCUCUGCCAGUCGACAUGGCCCGGAUGUACUUUGCAGAGACUGUUCUAGCUCUGGAAUAUCUUCACAACUACGGGAUUGUGCACAGGGACCUGAAGCCUGACAAUUUGUUAAUCACUUCGAUGGGCCACAUCAAGCUAACAGACUUCGGCCUGUCAAAGAUUGGGCUGAUGAACAUGACCACAAACUUGUAUGAAGGGCACAUUGAGAAGGACACUCGGGAGUUCAUGGACAAGCAGGUGUGCGGCACUCCCGAAUACAUUGCGCCAGAAGUGAUCCUCAUACAAGGCUACGGGAAGCCUGUCGACUGGUGGGCCAUGGGCAUCAUCCUAUAUGAGUUCCUCGUGGGCUGCGUCCCCUUCUUCGGCGACACCCCAGAAGAGCUCUUUGGGCAGGUGAUCAGCGAUGCCGUUAUGUGGCCUGAAGGCGAUGAAGCUCUUCCUGCUGACGCUCAGGAUUUGAUCACGAGGUUGCUAAGGCACUGCCCACUGGAACGCUUAGGCACCGGUGGCACCCAUGAAGUGAAGCAUCAUUCCUUCUUCCACAACCUGGACUGGAAUGGGCUGCUGCGGCAGAAGGCUGAAUUCAUUCCCCAGCUGGAGGCUGAGGAUGAUACCAGUUACUUUGACACUCGCUCUGAAAGGUACCGUCAUUUGGGCUCCGAGGAUGAGGAAACUAAUGAUGAGGAAUCAUCUGUGGAAAUCGGCCAGUUCUCAUCAUGCUCUCACCGCUUCAGCAAGGUUUAUAGCAGCUCUGAGUACCUGGCAGCUCACUCCAACUUGAGCCUCUCAUCCUCUGAGCGCAGUCAGAGUGAGGACAAAGAGGACAGAACAGAGCGGUGGGACAGGAGCUCAGGAGACGAAGAGAAGAGCCGGCUGUCGGGCACAGAGACCAGGCUCCGAUCGUGGACGUCCUGUGGCUCAACGGCCUACUCCUCCCGGCAUGAGCGAAGCUGCAGCCCUGCCACCCUCACUAGCACCUUCAGCCUGGAGACCAUGCCGAAGUUUGCUUUCUCCUCCGAAGAGGAGAGCCCCUGCCCAGGCUCUGUAAAGGCUGAGAGACCAAUGUUUGUGCUGGGGGACCCUGAAGCAGGGGCAGGAGGAGCGGCAAAGUCCUCAGCGUUAUCAGCUGAUAUUGUCAGUCUGAACCGCGUCCGCCUGCGGAGCAACAGCACUGGCACCAAGAACUCCGCCCCGAGAGCCCUGGAGCCUGGGGUGGGCCGCAGGCUGGGGAGUCCGAAGAACGCUCCAGAGAAGCAGAGAGUGUCUUCAGGAAGCAGAGUGCCGAAAUCUGCUUCUGUCUCAGCCCUGUCCCUGAUUAUCACCUCAGAUGACUCUGGCAGCGGAGCCCUCAUGAGCCCCAUCUCCCCACACUCUCUCUCUUCCAACCCAUCCUCUCGGGACUCGUCCCCGAGCCGGGAUUCCUCCCUCAGCAUCACCAGCCUGCGUCCGCCCAUCAUCAUCCACAGCUCUGGAAAGAAAUAUGGCUUCACCCUGCGCGCCAUUCGUGUGUAUAUGGGGGACAGCGAUGUGUACACAGUGCAUCACAUGGUGUGGAGCGUGGAAGAUGGGAGCCCUGCCCAGGAAGCUGGGCUGAGAGCUGGGGAUCUCAUCACACACGUGAAUGGAGAGUCUGUGCUAGGGUUAGUUCACAUGGAUGUUGUGGAGCUGCUGCUGAAGAGUGGCAACAAAGUAGCGCUGCGAACCACUGCCCUGGAGAACACAUCCAUCAAAAUUGGUCCUGCUCGGAAAAACAGUUCCAAGACCAGGAUGGCCAGAAGGAGUAAGAAAAGCAGGAAAAGGGACAGUCAGGACCGGAGAAAGUGCCUUUUCAAAAAGAUCUCCAAGCAAACGACUGUACUGCACACCAGCCGGAGCUUCUCAUCUGGCCUCCAUCACUCCCUGUCAUCAAGCGAGAGCCUUCCAGGAUCUCCCACACACAGUCUGUCACCUGGACCUACAACUCCCUGCCGCAGCCCUGCUCCAGACCUCCCACUAGAUUCUGUCUCCCCACAGAGCACCUCCCCAUCCUCUAGCACCCCCACCUCUCCUGCAGGACACAUCAGACCGAGCUCUCUUCAUGGGCUAGUGCCAAAGCUCAGUGGUCAGCGUUACAAGGUGGGGCGCCGCAAGUCCACCAGCAGCAUCCCCCCAUCUCCCCUUGCAUGUACUCCUUCUUCAGUCCCACAGCCACCUUCUCCUCAGAGGUCCCCAUCGCCACUACCAAGUUACACCAAAAACAUUCAUUCCUUCCAGGGCAAGACCCUGUCUCCCCCCACCAUUGUCAGGCAAGUGUCUCGGCCCAGGAGUGCCGAAGGCCCCAGGUCCCCUCUGCUAAAACGAGUCCAGUCUGCUGAGAAAAUAGCUACCUACCUAGCAGAAAAGAAAACCAUCAGCAGUCGGAAGCUCACACUGGAAAUGCCUCCAGGAGACGGGAUGGGGGAGUCUCUCGGGGAGCGGGAGACUCCUAUCCAGGCGGGAGAGCUCUGUGCUAUGGCUUACCCAGGGACCCCCCGAAUGAGAGACUGGACAGGGGAAAGGCACGACCGCGACCAGGAGGUUGUUGUCAUGAGGAGGCUGAACCUGUCAGAGCGCAGGGACUCCUUUAAAAAGCAAGAAGCUGUCCAAGAAGUGAGUUUCGAUGAGCCAGAGCUGGUGCCUGUGAGUGAGGAUGGCACGAAAACAGAGGCCAAGCUGGACAAGGAGCAUGCGCCAUGGAGACUUUCCCCUCAUGCAGCUUCCUGGGUGGAGACCAGACCAAGUUCAGUAUUUGGUAGCUCUUCAGAGCCCCCAAACCCAGAGCAGAUGCCUACUGUGGUGCCCCAGAUAGCAGUUCAAGGGUCAGAGAGCGAUGAACAGGAGACUAACACAGCUGAGUGGGAAUGCCAAGGGUCCUACCCUAUCCAGUUGAUGGCCAGGGUUUAUACUGAACAAAUGGAUGGAACUACAGCAGUGGAAUACAAGAGUGUCUCCUCCCAGUGUAGAGAGAACCGGGGGCAGAGAGAGCUCUGUGCGGGGCAAGAGCCCUCACCAGCUUCUGGGUCCCCGCAUAGGACAUGUUGUGGUAAGGGCAUGGUGGGCACACCCCAGCUGAGCAAAGCGCCUCCAAGGCUGAAGCUGUGGGGGAGCACAGGAAUGCAGGAGCAUGAGUGCACAGAAACUGAGACGCCCAGCGCAAAUCAACAAAAGAUGCAUGAUCAAGCUCGUAAAAAAGUCAAGGAUGAGUAAUAGCCACACGUUUAGCAAAAGGAACUGCUAAAGGUGAACAGUCAACACAGUGACAGGGCAUCUUCAACUCUGCAUGAACUCCACAAGGGAUCAGCUUCCAGAAAAAGCAAAUCUGCACUGGAGACUGGCACACCAUCCAGCUGCUGAGAUGUGCUCUUCAAAUUACAUACCUGCGUUUUGUGAGAGUAAAUGCACCUGAAACAUUUUUAACAUCAGACCUGGCAGGGGUGGGGAAUAAUUUGAUGAAUUUACUUACAAAAGGUUUUUGUACUAACUGGAAAGAUGUUAAUAUUUUUGUAGAGCUAAGGAAGCUGCUCUGUUGUGAUGGCGUUUCCUCAGCAGGACCUAAACCGUUGUAAAUAGAAAGGACUAGACGUGAAUCCUUCUAACUAAUUUAUUACCUUUAUAAGCUAAGAAGAGGCAUCUGAGGGCAUCUCAACUGACUUUUGUGCUAGGGGAAGCAUUACCGCUAUUUUGUAAAUGUUUAUAAUCCCACCUCUGAAAUGCACUAUAUGUUCUAUCAUUUCUAAGAACCAUUAGUUUUGCCCCUUUUGUUAUUGUCAGUUUCAAGAGGCAAGGCACAAAGAAAACAGUUAAGAGCCAAGCUUUAAAAUACCGUUUUUGGUAGGGAUAUGCACAGCAGGGUAUGUCUUGGUGCCUUGAUCUUCAUACAGGUGUCUUAUUCUUCCUGGAAGAGCUGGUCUUCAUUGAAGGUAAAAGCAGUAACUUUAUAAUGAUGUGAUUCGUGUUCUGGAACAGACCAAUGGUCCAUCUAGUCCAGUACCCUACUCUUGCCAAUGCCAGAUGUCUCAGAAUUAGGCAUAAAUUUCCCUCUCCCCAAUAUGUUUGUUUGGGAAGAAUUUUUGCUUUGGUGUUUUAUGAUGCUCCUGGGCAGGGGACACGCGUGUGAUUGAUGCCCACCAGGAAUGUAUAAAUCAAGUAUUACAAAUCCCAGACAAACCUUGUUGAACAGUUUCCAUAUCCUGGCCUUGUGCUGUCACUGGCAUUGAACAUUUCUCCCCCAGAAUGUUGUGUAUACAUCUCAAACACCAGCUCCUCUUUAGUGUGUGCGCUGAAUCAUUACUCUUCCACUACUUCUUCUUUGACAUGUUGACUUGGCCAAUUCUAGGACACAGUGGUACUGAUAAAGGGCAGCAAGGUCUCUGUGCGCAUUUGCCAAGAUGGGACUGAUUUUGAGAUUGAGAGUGAGAACUCCCUUGCUUGUGUGUGGCCAGUUCCCAUCUAUGUUAAUUGAUGCUGCAUAUAAGCCAUGGUGUUUGGGGUGGAAAAUGAAUGUUUUAGUAACCUACAGAAGUUUCCUCCAGUUCUUUCCAUGUUGCGGUUAUCUUUCUUGGGUGAUAACAGAUUCAGAGCCUUCCAGUGUCGCUGCUAGCUCAGCCAGAGGGGUUUCUGCAGAGUGAGGUGAGCUGCUCCCUCCUAGGUGCUAAUUGUGUUUCCUCCCCACAGAGCAAGAGACUCUGCUGAGAAUCUUACCAUGCCUGCCUCAUGGAAAUGAGAAAAGGAGGAUUUGUGGCACCUUAGAGACUAACAAAUUUAUUUGAGCAUAAGCU